AUGGGGCGAGCUCCUUGCUGUGACAAAGCAAACGUGAAGAAAGGACCAUGGUCUCCUGAAGAAGACUCAAAGCUCAAGGAUUACAUUGAGAAAUAUGGAAUUGGUGGGAAUUGGAUUGCUCUCCCUCACAAAGCUGGUCUCAAAAGAUGUGGCAAGAGCUGCAGAUUGAGGUGGCUUAACUAUCUCAGGCCCAACAUUAAACAUGGCGAGUUCACUGAUGAUGAAGAUAGGAUUAUCUGCACCCUCUUCGCUACCAUUGGAAGCAGAUGGUCAAUAAUUGCUGCUCAGUUACCAGGCAGGACUGACAAUGAUAUCAAGAACUACUGGAACACCAAACUUAAGAAGAAGCUCAUGGUCAAGACUAGUACUCGUCAUUCACCUCCAUUCCCAACUUCUCAUCAAGCUCCACCACCAGCUUCAUCACUCUGCACUUCUUAUUACACUCCAAUCUGCACAUCUUUGUCACCCCUUGAACCCGUUUCAUCGUUCCAACCUGCUGUUUUGAACAAUGAUCACACUACCUUGGCUACCAAUUCCUCUCUAAUUCAAACCCCAGAGAACUUGGUGAAUCAUAUGAUGCAGUGUUACCAAAUGAAACAAAAUUUCCUCACGUUUGGGAGUGAACCAAGCUGCACUUGUUCUGAUGGCAGAGAGAUGAAGCAAGAAUAUAUGAGCUUUCAGGGUUUGGGAGCCUAUAAUGGCCAUGGGUAUGAAGAUGAUCAAAGAUUCAUGUUAAAUUAUGGCACCAGCAAUGGAGGUGAAAAUGUUAACCAAUGGAUUGAGAAACCAAGUGGAAACUAUGGAGAAUGCCCAUUAGAUUAUAAUCUGGAAGAUAUUAAGCGGCUGAUUAGCUCUAGCGGGUGUGACAACAGCAGCUUCAGCUUGGUUGAUGAAAACAACACACAAGAUAAAGUCAUGUACUACUACUGA